CCCUGCAUAUUCAUGGCCCACCUCCUCUCCUCCUCCUCUUCUCUCUCUUUUUCCAUUCCUGUGGAUUCGUUCCUGCAAAAACUUGGUCACCCGAGCUAGCCUGACACCCUCUCACUAUGGCUAGCUUUUGGGAUACUCUCAAGUUCUGCCUCCUCCUCCUUCACAUCGCCUCCAUCUCUUUGGCUCAGUUUCAAGGUCCGCCAGGGGAGCCUGGACCAAGAGGCCCCCCAGGCCCGCCAGGCAUUCCAGGAGCUGACGGCAUUGAUGGGGAUAAAGGUCCGCCGGGUGCAGCAGGAAGCCCUGGAACCAAAGGAGAACCAGGCCUUCCAGGUCCAGAUGGCCCUCCGGGGAAACCUGGGAUUGAUGGUCUAAUGGGAGCAAAAGGAGAACCAGGCCCAUUUGGAAGACCGGGAGUCAAAGGUCAACCGGGACUUGUAGGACCACCAGGCCUCCCAGGCCCUUCCCUUCCAGGACCUCCUGGCCCUUCAGGCCAAGUUGGGCUUCCAGGAGAAAUUGGGGCUUUGGGACCCAAGGGCGUGCGUGGACCUGAUGGGCCGCGAGGGCCUCCUGGACCUCCUGGGAAGCCGGGACCGGUUGGUCGCAUCCAAGGAGUCGAAGGCAGUGCCGAUUUCCUGUGCCCAACCAACUGCCCACCUGGACCCAAAGGACCUCAGGGAUUACAAGGUCUGAAGGGACACAGAGGCCGCCCCGGAGCCCUGGGGGAGCCUGGCAGACAAGGAAGGCCGGGCCCGAAGGGUGACACAGGCCCAUCCGGAGAACAAGGCAUCCCUGGCCCUCCCGGCCCUCAAGGUCUGAGGGGAUAUCCUGGAAUGGAAGGACCUAAAGGAGAAACGGGUCCUCGUGGCUAUAAGGGCAUGAUUGGAACCAUUGGGGCUGCAGGUCCUCCGGGUGAAGAAGGUCCCAGGGGUCCCCCAGGACAGGCUGGAGAGAAGGGAGACGUGGGUGGGCGUGGUUCCAGGGGCCCUCAAGGAGAAAUGGGCCCCAAAGGAAGAACGGGUCUUCCUGGAAUCGAUGGUAAAGAUGGUACUCCAGGGAUUCCAGGAAUAAAGGGCAGUGCGGGGCAACCGGGGCGUCCAGGUCCCCCAGGGCACCGUGGAUUAGCAGGCUUGCCAGGCACACCUGGGACCAAAGGAGGCCCGGGAGAGAAGGGUGAACCCGGGGGACGUGGCCAGCGAGGUUUGUCGGGCUCACCUGGGAAAAUGGGUGAGCCUGGACCUCCUGGAGAAGUGGGGCCACAAGGUGUUGCUGGCAUGAAGGGAGAUCGUGGUGAGAGGGGCCCAGGGGGUCCUCCAGGACUGCAGGGAAGAACGGGCCCCAAAGGGGAACAGGGGCCACCGGGAAUCCCAGGCCCGCAAGGUCUCCCUGGAGUUAAAGGCGUCAAGGGCUCCCCAGGAAAAACGGGACCCAAGGGUGACAUUGGAGAUCCUGGAGUUGAAGGCCUUCCUGGAGAGAACGGGGAGAAGGGUGAAUCGGGUGAGCCGGGACCAAAAGGACAGCAAGGUGUCCGUGGAGAAGUUGGCUUCCCUGGACCAACUGGGGACGCAGGGGCACCCGGUGUUAGGGGUUUCCCGGGACCCCCUGGCCCUCGUGGACUCGGCGGGGAGCGAGGUGUACCUGGCAUGCCUGGACCUCAAGGUGCUCCGGGAAGGGACACAGGAGAUCAGCACAUUGUUGAUGUGGUCCUCAAAAUGUUGCAAGAACAGCUGGCAGAGUUAGCCGUGAGUGCCAAAAGAGCAGCUCUGGGCGGGGCAGGCGUGAUGGGACCACCGGGACCUCCAGGACCACCAGGACCUUCUGGCCAACAAGGGCCACAUGGGCACCCAGGCCUUCGUGGCAUCCCAGGGAUCAUUGGAUAUCCAGGAGCAAUUGGCAACACGGGACCAAAAGGAAAGAGGGGUGAGAAAGGAGUGCAGGGAGAACCUGGCCGUGGACAUCAAGGGAUGCCGGGCCCACCAGGUAUACCAGGUCUUCCAGGUCGCCCAGGCCAUGCCAUCAAUGGCAAAGAAGGAGAGCGAGGUUCUCCAGGUAAUCCAGGAGAAGCUGGGCGCCCUGGUUUACCUGGACCUGCCGGCCUUCCUGGAUUCUGCGAGGCAGCCGCUUGUCUAGGAGCGUCGGCCUAUGCUUCGGCUCGCAUGACUGAACCAGGUGCUGUCAAGGGACCGUCGUACUGAAUGUCGCCAGCAGAACCUUCUGGUGUCCCGUGGACUUUAUCAAGUCAGUGAAAGCUCCCUGGUUGGCAUUAAGAGACCCAACACACCAGAACUCGGGGGAGGGGCCAAAGAGAUGGGGAAGCACCGAUCCAAACAACUCCUUUGGGAUGAGAAACCUCUUUUUGAUACUUGAACAUCAACCAAUCCAUGUUUUGCUGGCGAGAAGGCGACACUUGUCCACUGUGAGGAGCUUAAGUCAAGCUGAAUGAAAAUGCACCCAAUGAGAGUUUUGGAGAGGGACAACCCAUCAAUAAUUUGGAUAUUAGAUUCUUUCCACUGUUGGACUGUCAUUCAUUGGAUUGUCUGGCUUUCUUUUCACUGUUUCCCAUGUUAUUCUUGGUGAGGAGGGGAGAAGGGUUUCAUGGUAUCUAUCCUGAGUCCAAAUCACAUUUCUCUUUAAUGUUCUAGAGCAGUGGUUCUCAAUCUAUGUGUCCCCAGGUGUUUUGGCUUACAGUUCCUAGACAUCUCAACCAGUUCUGUUGGGAUCUCUGGGAGUUGAAGGCCAAAACAGUUGGAGACCCACUGGUUGAGAACCACUGUUCUGGAGUCUUGUGUAGUGACCUUGCAACCAAGGUAGGGUGUUUUCUUUUAACAAAAUAGCACUGCAUUGAGAAGAUCUAUGGAAGACAUUCAUUGAAACAACUCCUGAUAUUUGGUUGGCUACUUAGGGCCCUUCCACACAGCCAUAUAACCCAGAAUAUCAAGGCAGUUAAUCCACAAUAUCUGCUUUGAACUGUGUUAUCUGAGUCCGCACUGCCAUACAAUCCAGUUCAAUGUGGAUUUUAUGUUGGCGAAUGGGCUUAAUAACAAAAUAUAUGGACCCUCUCCAUAAAAAUAUACAGUAGAGUACUUUGUUUAGCAGCAGCAGCGUGGCCCAGAACCAGACGAAAUAAAAACACACAGACUAUUGUUAUCUUCCUUCAGAGGAUUUUCUCGUAGAAAAAUAAUAUGGUUGUACUAUUUACAAAAACAAGGUUUUCAUAACAUAAACAAAGCUCUUUAUAUUUCCUUGUUAUAUUUUUGCUUCACGCUGGGCUUCUCUUUCCUUGGAACAGCCAAUAAUAACACUCAUUACACUGAGGCAUUCUUCACACAGAAGGACGUCUUCACACAGGAGGGGCAACUAACUCACAGGCACACUUGCUUAUAUUAUCCUAUUGGUUAUGCUUAGUCGUUGCAUCAUUAUAACUCUUUCAGUGCCUGUACAUCAUUUUUGUAAUUAAAAAUACACUAAUUUUCAAUAUUUCUGGCAUUUUAUAUAGCUGUGUGGAAGUAGCCAUAAUUAUGUACGUGAACCAAGUGGUGUCUCGGUCCAGCCCACCUUAACAGCCAGCAGACACAUUGAGUAAAUGAGGUCUGUUUCGCUUCUAAUCUAGAUUGCAUGGAGUCCUGCUUGUUAGUAGAAGUGAGGCCCAAAAUGGCAACUGAAUAGACUUCUUUCACCCAAUGAGGUUGCUGGUUAUUAAGUUGGGCUUGCAUUAAGUCUAUCGUUAAUAUAGACUUACAUUAAGACAACAUAGUCUUAAUGAAUAUGGAGUAAGUAUUAAAUCUUAAUCUCCAUCUUGCAAAUCCACAAUUGCAUUGCAUUGUUUUUGUGAUCUCUCAUGUUCCCUCUUAUGCUUUAUGGGAAAAAAAAUAAAACCUGCUUUGGGAAGUCUUUACUUACUUGAAGAACUCCUUCUGGCUUGGCUUUAAGAUAAUCCAUCAAUUACUUUAUUGAUCACUGAACCUCCUCUCUUGUUUCAGCUCCUUUUCUACUUGAUGUCUAAUCUGUUGAUGUUUUGCUAGGUUUUAUUGUGUCUUAUGUGGAAGAGUUUAGGCAAUCCAUGUUUAUUCCAAUCUUUAUUCAUACAACCUUUCUUUCUGUUCUUAAUGACAUGCGAUUUGUGGUUAAUUAUUUAAUGGCAUAGACAGAGUCGGCCCGAGUCCUCUCCCUAAAGCUGUAAAUCUUUGUAAAAUAAAGUUAUUUUAUAAAUGUUAAUUACAAAUCAUUAUAUUUUCCUCCACAGAAAUAGCUAUUCAAACCAGACAAUAAAAACGAAGAACAAAUGUCAACGAA